AUGAAGAGCGCCCUGGUGCUGAUCCUGGCCCUUCAGCUCGGCAGCGCCAGUCGCGUGCUGAGGAGCCAGGGCGUGCAGGCCACGGGCAACGCCACGGUGGACAUGGAGGACGCAGAUGCCAUGGCCAGGGGCGUGGAGGCCGAUGCGCGGGCGGACCUUGACGACGUGCUGGCGAUCCGCCAGGCGUCGGGCCUCGAGAGUCACCGGGCGCGGGCCGCCUUCGAGCGGGCGGGCGAGGCCGAGGAGGACGGCCAGGCGAUCGCCAGGGGCAGCAAGCUGUGGUCCGAGGCCGCGGACGCCCAGGGGGAGCGGGAGCUGAAGGACCCCAAGGACCGCGCCGCGCUGGUCCGGGCCGUGGCGCUGGAGGCAAAGGAGGAGGGCCAGGACGCCGCCCAGAUGCAGCUGCUCGCCUCCAGGGAGAAGGCCGACGGCAACGCCACCGAGCUGCGGGCGCGGAGCAUGGGCGCAGACGCCGACGCGCUGGAGCACGAGGCGAUGGCCAAGCUGGAGCAGGCGGGCGCGGACGCGAGCACCCUCCGCGCCGCGGCCGCCAGCGAGGCCAGGGCGUGA